AUGGACUCAACUUCUCCCCCACGUUACCUCCUCAUCGCAAAUCCUCGAACUGCAUCCAACCUUCUUAUCCGAAUGCUCAACAUUUCGAACCAGCAGAACUUGAUAUCCAGUGAUAACCUCAGCGGGUACUAUUUUAUGCCAAUUAUAGAACGGAUUAGAGAGCUGGGAAUUGAAUUGAGCCCCCCAGCCGAGUGGAGUGAUGACCAGGUAAUGCAGGUUAAAGAAAAGUAUCAAGAGUGUUUCAGGAAUCUGCAGUCGCUGCUCAAAAAAGCCGAAGCGACCCAGUGCUCCGUCUUUGUAAAGGAGCAUGCCAUAUUUCUCACAAUGCUUAAGACUGCCGAUUCUCACUCUCGAUUUGGAUCCUGGACUGCAGUCUCACUCGAGACAUGGAGUAAUGUGUCCAGCUCACAGUCGUCUAAUCCAACCUUUCUCCCCGAUGAGUUCAUGCGCACAUGGAUACCAACGUUCUUAAUUCGCCACCCAGCUCUGGCUUUCCCCUCAUUUUAUCGGGCAAUGAAAGACAAUAAAACCGCACCGGAAUUGACCGAUGAGGCCACUCGUCUGGACGGAUUUUGGAAGCAGCGUUUUACACUGCAAGGGAUGCGAGCUUUAUACAAUUGGUACAUACAGUCACCAGCAGAUCGCGCGCAAUCACCCCAUUCAGAAGAUAUCAACACUCAGUGGCCAGUUGUGAUGGAUGCCGAUGAUAUCAUGACUGAGCCCAAACUAGUGCAAAAAUAUGCUCAGUUAGUCGGCAUGGAUCCCUCGCUUGUGACACACACAUGGGAAGCUACAUCUGAAGAUCUGAAGCUUAGGAUAAGCCCGAGCUUCAGAAGAAUGCUUGAUACCUUACUGGCUUCAAAAGGGAUCGACAUGGGAAAGGUGGCAGGCAAUGUUGAUCUAGAUGAAGAGUCAUCAAAGUGGCGACAGGAGUUUGGAGAGACAGCUGGAAAGGUACUUGGAAUUUUUGUCAUGGGUGCAAUACCCGACUAUGAGUAUCUAAAGGCACGUCGGCUCAGGGCCUGA